AUGUACUCGAGAAAGGAUCCUCUUGGUCGAGAUAUUUGCGUGUAUUUAAGCAACGACGGGAUUAGGCUGUUGUUUCAUCCAGUAACCCAGCUUCUGAGGCUAAUUGAAGUCGACAACCUUUCUCAAAUUGUGCUCAAGUACAAAGAGAAGGUUUUCUCCGAACCUGGCGCGGAAGUCAGCAUGGAUAAAGUUGACGAGUUCUUUGGCUCUACGCAUCCAGGAGCAUACGAUGACAAGCAGAAAAUAUGUGUAAAGAGCUGGAGAGGCCUUUCUUUCUGCUUUCCUACUGCUGAAAGUGCCAACGUUGAAGUCACUCCUGGAUUUGGUCCGUUACGUUCGUUGAAGUUUGACAGUGCUACGCAACCACGGUUAACGAAAAUGUCCAUUUUCAAAGGAACGGCAGUCGGCAAGAACGAGUGA